UAAAUGGCGACAAAGAAGAGCGUUGGAUCACUGACGGAGGCGGAUCUGAAGGGUAAGAGAGUGUUCGUUAGAGUGGAUCUCAACGUUCCAUUGGAUGAUAACUUCAACAUCACCGACGACACCAGAAUCAGAGCCGCCGUCCCCACCAUCAAAUACUUGAUCGGUUAUGGCGCUAAAGUCAUCCUCGCCUCUCACCUUGGGCGCCCAAAAGGUGUUAUGCCAAAGUUCAGUUUGAAGCCCCUUGUGCCCAGGCUAUCUGAACUACUUGGAGUUGAGGUCAAGAUGGCUAACGACUGCAUUGGUGAAGAAGUUGUGAAAUUGGUCAGCGAACUUCCGGCAGGAGGUGUUCUUCUCUUGGAGAAUGUUAGAUUUUACAAAGAAGAGGAAAAGAAUGAUCCUGACUUUGCAAAGAAGCUAGCUUCCCUUGCAGACUUAUAUGUUAAUGAUGCCUUUGGAACUGCACACAGAGCCCAUGCUUCGACGGAGGGAGUGGCCAAGUACUUGAAACCUUCUGUUGCUGGAUUCCUUACGCAGAAGUAUUUGGCCGAAUUCGAUACAAACUUUAAUCGAUUUUCAAUUCUCAAUUUAUUUAACCAAUAUCCAACAGUUAUCGAGUCGCUAUUGGAGAAGGUAGACCUUCUCUUGCUGGGUGGGGGAAUGAUCUUUACAUUCUACAAAGCCCAAGGACAUGCUGUGGGAUCAUCACUUGUUGAGGAGGACAAACUUGAUCUUGCAACUUCACUAAUGGAGAAGGCCAAGGCUAAGGGGGUAUCUUUAUUGUUACCUUCUGAUGUGGUAGCCGCUGACAAGUUUGCUGCUGAUGCUAAUAGCAAGGUUGUCCCGGCAUCUGGAAUCCCUGAUGGUUGGAUGGGAUUAGAUAUUGGACCUGAUUCUAUCAAAUCAUUUAGCGAAGCUUUGGAUACUACCAAAACCAUAAUUUGGAAUGGACCAAUGGGAGUAUUUGAGUUUGAUAAGUUCGCCGCUGGAACUGAGGCCAUAGCCAAGAAAUUGGCAGAACUCAGUGGCAAGGGAGUCACAACAAUCAUUGGAGGAGGUGACUCUGUUGCUGCUGUUGAAAAGGUUGGGUUGGCGGAGAAGAUGAGCCACAUCUCAACCGGAGGUGGUGCCAGCUUGGAACUUCUCGAGGGGAAACAGCUACCUGGAGUUCUUGCCCUUGAUGAUGCUUAGGCAAAUUCAUCUUGCUGUUUCCCAAUUCGUCCAUUGUUGGUCCGGGCUUUUACCAUAGUGGAUGCCGAUAAAUGUUCGAACUGUUCUUGUAGAAUUGUAGAUCAAAUUUGAAUAAUUAGAACCGUGCCUAUCACCCUGUGUUGGGGCAAAUAACAGUUUUUUCCGGCUUUGAACAAUGAUAUGAUGGUUUUUGUGAGUGAUGAAUUGAUGGGUUUCUCUCGUAUAAAACUUCUUUAAUAA